AUGACUGUUGUAUUCAUACUCAUCUUGCAUUUAUCACCCAACCGGUGCAAUGGCGGCUGCACCACUCGUUCUAUUCAACACGAUAGACGACCUCGUUCACGCUCGCGUGAUCGUCAUCGGGAUCUGUAUGCCUGGGAACGUAAGCACGCUACGCACAGAGAUGACGGGUACUACGAUCGAGAAAAUGGUCAUCGCGACCGGGACGAACUUUACAGACGUGACAGAGGGGACCUUGAUCUAGAGCGCGAAGACCGCAGUCGUCGUGAUCGUGAACGCCGGAGACGGCAUGAUCGCCAUCGAUCCAACUCCUUGCCCCGUUCUCGCUCACACAGCCCUCGGGCACCAGCUCUUCCAGUUCCGGAGCCCGAAGUGACCAAAACCCUAGACGAUUCUGGUGAACCACUUACAGAAGAACAGCAAGAGAUGAUGCGUCUUUUCGGUUUUUGUGGUUUCGAUUCCACUAAGGGAAAGCACGUCAUCGGUAACUCAAUCUAUGUCGCAAACAUCAGUAAGCAACGCAAAUAUCGACAGUAUAUGAAUCGUCGUGGCGGUUUCAAUCGUCCACUGGACCGCGUUGCCUAA